UCCUCGAACAAAUUAGCUUCUUGGUUCGCGUCUAAUUCAAUGUCGAGACCUCGUGGGAAAUAGCGCAGUUUCCUGUUGAGCUAAAUCGAUUAUAUUCUUUUAGUGCAGUGUUAUAAGUGAAAUAAGGAUUACAAAAAUGCAACGCGUUCUGAUUGUUUGUAUUGUCACAUUGGGGCUUUCGCUGACUCGAGCCGAGCAGAAAACCGCAAUUGAAAAGCCAGAAGUCACAAAACUGGAAGUUGUAAAUCUCGGUGAAGCUGAUGUCGACUCCGAUUCUGAGUUACCCGAUGUUCAACGGAAACGAGAUUCCGGAUAUGCCUACAACAGACCAAACCGUGUCACUUCUCGGAUUCGCAUACAAGCGCAUCAAUCUAGAGGUCAAGUCACAUCUAAACUUUCUGGUCAAUUAGGCAAACCGUUUACAAAAUACGGACUCCCGAGUCACUCAACUUCCGGUCCGACUGCACAUAGAUAUCAUGCUCAACAACACCGAAACAAAUUGCAACAUCACGUGCAUCAACAACAACCGAUCGGUUACAAUGACGAGUUGGGGGAGCAGGAAGUUCCGAGUCCGAUUAGAAACGUCGAUUUCGCGGAAGCGAAUCCGAUCGCCAGUCAGAAUAACGAGCCGUUCGGCAUGCAUACAGCCAAUUACUUACCGCCGCAAAAUCAGAAACUACCAGCUUACUCCUCGACGGACAAUUUUACACCGCAAUCGCACUCACCGCAGAAUUCCCUAGGUCACGGACAAUUCGAAGAUACGAGCUUGCAGAACCAGAAUUUCGUCCAGCCCCAGAAUCAACAUAUUUCCGACGCCGCACUUUUUCUGUCCGAAAAUGCACACGCGAUUCAGCAACUUUAUGGCGCACCUGCGAGCAAUCAAGAUUUUGCACCCGGCAACGAUCAAUUUUCGGGUAUCGAUAAUCAGAACUCAAAUAGUCAAUUUGGAAAAUUCGAGAGCGCCUCUCAGAGUCCUCAAGGAUUCCGAAGUGCGUUGCCCUCGUACGCAUCGGGAACUAUCAAUUCUCAAGAAACUCUGGAGCAAGUUCAAUCUCUGGAAAAGGAUCGAUUAAUUGUGCAGCUGCAGCAGGCCUUGGCUGAAGCUCAGACUACCCCGAGCACGGAUGCGGCAGGAAGGUACGCUCACAACGAAGCAGGUUUUAUUCAAAAUCAAGAUCUUUUGGCUUCCAUAAAUCAGCAAAUAAAAACGAACGUUCCUACAACUCCGCAAACUUUUGGAUCCGGAAGUACUGUUUUCACUCAGUCUCCUUUUCUGCCAGGAACCACAGUCAAUCCGUUGGGAUUUCCUCUUAGUUACGGGAUUCCGACUACCGCGCAAACACCAAUUACGACAACGACAACAGCAGCUGAAGUGCCGACUACUCACCCAUCACAAUCAUCCAAAGGCGACGGUACCACUCAAGUAACAUCAUCGCAACCCGCUCCUAAUCAACCCGCAUCGCCUACGGCUGUAUCACCCGUGGGAAUUCCUGUUUAUGGUGGAUUUGUGCCAAGCUUCAUCACGGGUACCAACUUAGUUCCUAGUUACAGCACCAGUUUUUUCGCGUCUGGACCUAUAAAACCCGUGCAAUCUUCUGGCUCGUCGCCUACUCAUUUUGGUAUACCAAUUCCCACGAAACCACCUCAGAAACCAGUAUACGGAUCAAUACCGUCAACCCCCGCGGCAACAACACCGUCGCCUACUUCAUCAAAUCAACCCCAAUUACCCGGAGUCGCUUUGACGCCGGCGAUUACACCGAUAGCUCUGCCAGUACGACCUGUUGCUGCCCCUCUGCAUCCUCUCGCGACACCAGUGCACCCGAUUGCUUUGCAUCCCGUGCUACCGGCGAAUCCCGCUCAGGUAUAUCCGGUGCAAGCUGCCCCAGCAGUAUCGUCCAGCGUGCAACACACAUACGGCGUGCAGACCCCGCUGAUCAAUCCCGUUCUCUACAAACCGGUAAAAGCGGUCUAUCCAGUGUACUACUAUACCGACAUCGCGCAUCAACUGCAAAAGCCCGCCUUGUCGAGUAACCCGUGGAGUUACGCGCCUUCUUAUGCGCAAACGAAACCAGCGCAAAUAUGGAAAUGAAGUGUCCUCAUUCUUUUUCUUUUUUCGCAAAUAGAUCGCAAGUCGCAUUGCGACUAUCGAGACUGCCUGUUUACCCGCGCGGAAAAGAGAGAGGGAAAGAUUGAAGAAGAAAGUAUAGUAAGAGGAAAGUAACUAUUGCAGUCGCGUGAUUUUUGAUGCGCUAACGAUGCUGUGCCACAUUGCUUAUUUACUUUUUUCACGUAAACAAUUUCAUUUUCUUUUUUCGGUACAAGAGAAUUUUAAGAGCCGAGAUAAAAAGAGCUGCGCUCCGCAAUUCUAUCGUUUCAGUGUCAAGUUUUAUUUGUUUCUAAUGGGGUGAAAAACUUUCGCUGUCGUCGUAACAAAAAUCGUUCUUUUUACACAUAUUUCUUAUAAAUACAUAUAAAAGAUUUGGAUAGUUUUAUACGUAACAUUAAUUAAGUAAACAACAGAUAGGCAACUUUUUUAUUAAAGAGUUUUAAAAAUUUUGAUUUUAUGUGAAUAAGAUUGUUGUAUAUAGUUAAUUAUUUAAUUAAACAAUAAUUACAUAAUUAAAAUAUUUUCAUAUUUUUGAAUUUAUAUUAUAUAGGUCGUGUAUGAGCAUUUAGAAUCUAACUCCACUUUCUCGUACAUCAUAUAUAUGUAUAUAUAUCAUAGAAAAAUUAAAUACAAUUAACUUGUGAAAAACACCAUGCAAAAUCAGUUUUCUAAGUUAUGGUUUUUUUAUUGCAGCUAAUAUCAUGAAUAAUAAGUUUAUUUUGCGGCAUUUAUACUACUAAUAUUUGUCUGAUGCAAUUAAAAAAAUUACACCAAUUAUUUAAUUGUGUCAAGCAUUUGUUGCAUUUUCUGUCUGUUAUUGCAUAUUAUUUGUUAUUGCAAUUUGACAAGAUAACAACAAGCAUAUUAUAAUAAGCGCAGUUGUUUUGUUAAAUUUGUUGUAUUUUUAAAAUUAAUUGUCGGUCAUGUGUGACACAAACAUUUUGCAUGUUUGAAAACAUUAUUCUUAAAAUUCUUGUUUUUCCAGACACAGUUUUUUAUUUUUUAUUCCUAUCAAGAUAUACAUUCGUGUAUUUCGCGCAAAAUUUGCGCAGAAGGGUGUAAAGCAAAG